CUUUUUUUUUUUUUUUUUUCCUUUCAUGUCUCUUACAUCACCCUCUCUCCUCUUGGCGUUCCUCAACAGGUUUGCUUCUCUGCCCCCCUUUCUCUCUCUACCUCUGAUACUGUGUUUUUUCUGCUUAGUCUUCUUUUCCGUGGUAAAACAAAGAAACCCAUUUUGGAUAUUUUAAGGAUUUAAUCUUGUUCCUGUGUGUAAAAUCAGUAGUCGUUUACAUUUUUCGUUGUACAGAAUAUGUUAUAGGGACCAAGCGAGCCUAUAAAUGGUUUAUUUUUUUACUUAUUUAUUUUAAUUGUUUGGAGUUAUAGAAUGUUAGAAGCUUAAUCGGCCCAAAAUCUGCAGGUUUUCAGGUGAAUCUGGUUUUCGUUUCUCAAAUUCAUAUGCUAAAGCAAUAUAAGCCCAGGCUUAAAAAUUUCACAAACCCUUGAUUAAUUAAAUCAAAAAGAAUGCUCACCAUUAACUCAUCCUCCAAAACCAUUAAAAGGGUUCUUCUUUCCCAAUCCAAAAACCCAAUAUUUUCCUUCCUCCAGAAAUCUAACUAUGUCAAUGUCUACAUGAAAUGGAAGAAAGAUCCUUACUACGACUCUAUCGACCAAAUCCACAAGUCCAUAGUCCUUAAACCCAUCAUGAACCUUAAAAACUGCAUUGCCCAAGACCCCAAUGGCUGUAUCCCAAUCUCUGAAGUGUCCAAAAGAGGACUACAAUUGGAUGUACCCAUGAAAGUUGCCAAGUUCUUAAGGCGAUAUCCUUCAAUUUUCGAAGAGUUCACGGGUCUUCAGUACAAUCUUCCAUGGUUCAGACUAACCCCUGAAGCUGCUGAGAUUGACAGAGAGGAGAAAAGGGUUUAUGAGGAUUGUGGGGAAGAUUUGAGAGAGAGAUUGAAGAGAUUUAUAUCGAUGAGUAAAGAUAGAGCCUUGCCUUUGAAAAUAAUACAGGGAAUGAAAUGGUAUUUGGGUUUGCCUGACGAUUUUUUGCAAGUCCCACAGAAGAAUCUUGAUGGGUCUUUUAGGUUUGUGGAUAUGGGAGAUGGGUUAAAGGGUUUGGCUGUUGAAAGUGAUGAAAAGGUCUUGUCUUGUGUUCAAACGAAUGCAAUGAAGAGAGGGGUGUAUUUUGGAGGUUCAAUGGAGGCAAUUGAGUUUAGGUUUUUCCCCAUAAAAGGGUUGAGGUUGAAGAGGAAGAUCAAGGAUUGGUUGGAGAUGUUUCAGAAGCUUCCUUAUGUGUCACCUUAUGAGGAUUUUUCGAAUUUGGAUUCAGAUAGUGACUUGGCGGAAAAACGACUUGUGGGGGUUCUUCAUGAGAUGCUUAGUCUCUUUGUUGAGAAUUCAGCAGAGAGGAAGAAGAUUCUGUGCCUCAAGAAGCACUUUGGACUGCCGCAAAAAGUGCACAAGGCAUUUGAGAGACACCCAAAUAUGUUUUAUUUGUCUUUUAGGAACAAGACUUGUACGGCUAUUCUCAAAGAGGCUUACUGUGACCCGUCUGCUAUUAAGGAGCAUCCGUUGCUCAGAGUUAGGAAAAAGUACAUAAAGUUGAUGAAAGAGUCCAAUUUGAUUUUGAAGAAGAGUAGGUAUGGUAACCACUUGACUGAUCAUAGAAAUUUGAAGCUGGAUUUGGAUUCGGAUUCGGAUUUAGAUGAUGAAUACAGAGGAGUGAUCGAAGAGCAAUCUUUGUAGAUGGUUUUCCCCCAAUGUAUAUUUACAAUGGAGAGGAGCUUAUAUUUGGGUAUUUUCCUGAGCGGCCGAGGUGCAUUACAGUUCAAUUUAGCCAGGAGGUAAUGAAAUCAAAUAUUUUCUUUGACAAUUGGCAUAGAUAACCCGCAUCUAUUUUAACGAUAAGAUGAAUGAAAUGUUGCCAAGAUUUGUUGAUAAAUUUGAACUUUUUUUUUUUUUUUUUUAAUGCUUGGUUCAACUCCCUGAGCUGUUUAAUUGACAUCUUCAUUGUACACAGUGCAUUUUCUCCAAGAAUUCUACUUGAUAGCCUAGAACACUUGUUUCUGAACUCGCGGCAUCACGAAAAAGCUUUCGCAAGAUUUGAUUUAUCUCCAACAUUGUUUGAUUCUCGAGGUUGUUUGUUCGUAACAAUUUUGUUUAAUUUUCUUUUUACCCGUUACGUUGUUAUGUAUAGAGCUUCCUGUAUCUUGCUCAAAGAAGAAAUGUUGGAAUAUCAAUUUAUAAGCUAGAGAUGAGAGUAUUCUCUGAUAACUCAAACUUUCAGUUCUAA